CCUUCUUCUCUCUCAUCCCUUUCGCUCCCAGAGCUCCCUCUGUCUCCCUCAUAGCGAAGGACACCCCCCUCCCUCUCCUCUCCCUCUCUCUCCCUGCUUGCCUCAACCACAUCCAGACCGAGAGAGUCUCUGUUGCUACACCGUGUACGAUCUCUAGCUGUCGUUACACACGCGAGCAACCAUGAGCGACGGCCUCGUCAAGCGGACGUCCUCCUCGGAGGGCGCCCACGACAUCGAGAAGACGGGCUACGACACCCAGACCUACGACAAGGAGAAUGUCCAGAUCCGCGGCCUCGAGACCAGCGCCGAGACGUCGCUGCAUCGCGGCCUCAAGGCCCGCCACAUCACCAUGAUUGCCAUCGGCGGUGCCAUCGGAACUGGUCUCAUCAUCGGAACCGGCAAGGCCCUCGCCCAGGCAGGCCCCGGCUCCGUCUUCAUCUCGUACACUCUCGUCGGUUUCAUCGUCUUCCUCGUCAUGGCUGGUCUCGGUGAGAUGGCCGCCUGGCUGCCCAUCUCCUCUGGAUUCACCGGUUACGCCUCCAGAUUCUGCGACCCUUCGCUUGGUUUUGCCCUCGGCUGGACGUAUUGGUUCAAGUACAUCAUCGUCACGCCCAACCAGCUUACAGCCGCCGCCCUCGUCAUCCAGUUCUGGGUAGACCGUGAGAGAGUCAACCCCGGUGUCUUCAUCGCUAUCUUCCUCGUCGUCAUCGUCUGCAUCAACUACUUCGGCAUCCGUUUCUUCGGCGAGUUCGAGUUCUGGCUGUCCAGUUUCAAGGUCAUCACCAUCGUUGGCAUCAUCCUCUUCUCCCUCAUCCUCGCCCUCGGCGGUGGCCCCGACGGGGACCGCAAGGGCUUCCGCUACUGGAAAGAACCUGGUGCCUUCAAAGAGUACAUCGACACUGGCAACGCCGGCCGCUUCCUCGGCUUCUGGUCCUGCAUGGUCAACGCCACCUUUGCCUACCUGGGCACUGAGCUCGUCGGUGUCACCGUCGCCGAGGCCCAGAACCCUCGCAAGACGAUUCCCCGCGCCAUCAAGCUGACCUUCUACCGCAUCCUGUUCUUCUACUGCCUCAGUGUCCUCCUCGUCGGCAUGCUGGUUCCCUACGACUCUAAGGAACUUGUCUUCGCCACCAAGGCUCAGACCGGUGCCUCCGCCUCGCCCUUCGUCGUCGCCGCCACGCUGGCCGGUGUCAAGGUCAUCCCCCACAUCAUCAACGCUUGCAUCUGUGUCUUUGUCUUCUCCGCGUCCAACUCGGAUCUGUACAUUGCUAGCCGUACCCUCUACGGCCUCGCCUCGGACGGCUCUGCCCCUGCCAUCUUCAAGCGCACCGACAAGCGCGGCGUGCCCGUCUACGCCCUCGGCUUCUCCGCCCUCUUCGCCCUGCUGGCCUUCAUGAACGUCUCCAACGACUCCAAGGCCGUCUUCGGCUACUUCGUCAACCUGACGACCAUCUUCGGCCUGCUGACCUGGAUCUCCAUCCUCGUCACUCAUAUCUGGUGGUGCAAGGCCCGCAAAGCGCAGAACAUCCCCAACGAGGUCCUGCCCUACGUCGCGCCCCUCGGCAUCUGGGGCUCCUACGGCGCGCUGGCUCUUUGCAUCAUCGUCGCCCUCACCAAGAACUACGAUGUCUUCACCGGCGGCGACUUCGGCAAGGAGAAGUACAAGACCUUCAUCACCGGCUACCUCGGCAUCCCCCUCUACCUCAUCCUCAUCUUCGGCCACAAGUUCUACUACAAGACCCGCGGCGUCAAGCCUCACGAGGCCGACUUCUACACCGGCAAGGACAUCAUCGACCGCGAGGAGGAGGAGUUCCUCGCGCGCAAGGCCGCAGAGAAGGAGGCCAGCGGUGGCAAGGGCGGCAAGGGCGGAUGGUUCUACAAGACCUUCUUGUCCUGGCUGUUCUAAGUAAAAGCGAAGUGUGUAUUAUGAGAAUCCGAGAAGGAGGAAGGACGGAGGCGAGUUGUUAUCGUUUCAUGAGUAUCAUGUCCUGCGAAUAUACCACGGCGUGUUGGUCCGCCUAGUCGUUCCGUAGAUAUCCCAAUCCAGACCAAAAAGGAUGUUUAUUAU